AUGUCUCGUUUUGAUAGAGGCAGGAAUCUAGUCGAAGUAGAGCAACGUAAUGCAUCUUUGACUUCAAUUCCUAAUAGUCUGAUCAAUUCCAAGCGCUUGAAGAACAGAAGUGAAUCAUUUUUUUUCACUACGUCAAGAGAGUCUAUUCCACCAAAUCGAUCUGUCACUACAUCUGCUAUCGAACCGACUAAAACUGGAAUAACGGAUGACAAAGAUUAUCAGAUUGCGUUAGAGAUCUUCAACUUUCGGUACAAGAAGAUCGACUAUAAGGAGUAUGCUAAUUUUUUAGGAACAUCAAAAAACAAUAAAAUAUUGAAAUAUUAUAUUAACUUAUUAGAGCCUUUCCCACAUUCAUUACUUGCUUUAUUAGAAAAAUUAUCAGAAAGGAUAUAUUUCAUUGCAGAGGCUCAGAAUAUUGAUAGAAUCUUAGAAGAAGUAUCGAUUCAGUACAUUAAUUUUUUCACAAAUGUGGAUUCUCAACCCAAUGUUAUUGGAUUAUGGCACUUUAAUUAUAAAAUUGUUCAUAUUACACUAUUUUCUUUGCUGUUGAUGAACUCAGAUUUACAUAAUGAAGAAAAUGUUAAACACCAACAAAAAAAUAAAGUAUCUCAAUAUUCCGUUGAUACAUUCCUCGAUAAUACAAUUUAUGCGAUUAAGAAAGAAUAUUUUCCAGAUGCACCAAAUAGAGAAAUAGACUCUUUGAACUUACCUAACCAAGAUGAACUUGUAUCAGAGUUAACCUCAUAUUUUGAAUUAAAUAAGAAUAAACCAUUGAGUCUAUUUUCAAAAGAUGGUAACAAAGGAGAAGGAGGAGGAGGUAAAAAUAAGAAUUCAAAAAAGAAAUUGGAGAAAGAAUACACAAGUAUCUCUGGUGGGAAUAAUAGCUUGACCGUAAAAGGAUCUUCUACAAAUAACAGGGGAACAAGAUCGAGAAGAUCAUCAAUAUAUUCCUUAUCACACACACGAUCACCAAGUUUACAUAGUGUUAAUUCAGCAUUUUCAUCAAAAACAACUGCGACCUCAAACUCCUAUGGUAAUCAAACUAGUGAUUUCGAUAUUGCCAAUACUAGUGCAGAUUGGAAAUUUCAUAAUAAUAUUCCUUUGUCAAAUUUAUUUCAUCCUGAACCUUUCGACUCUGAGUUCAUGCAUGAAAAUUUCACAUAUUGGUUUAUGGAUGGUAUCAUUAUGAUUGCCAGCAAUUCAAAUCAUAAUAAAAAAUUGAAUAGGAUUUAUAAUAAUAACAGCAAUAACAGCAAUAGCAACACAGAUGAAGCAUCUAUGAGGAGAUUAACAUCAAGCUCUUCACUUAACAGCUUGGCUACAUCUACUGAUAAAAAAAAUCGAGAUAAAUCAAAAUUUAAGAGUCCGCAAAAAUUGCUCUUUAAAUUUUUAAGGAAAAGCAAGAAACCAACGAUAUUCGAUGAAGCUAUUACUCCUUCUGCUUUCUUGAAUGAAAAAUCAACAUGGAGCAGAGCAAAAGUACAGAUAUCUGAAGGUAGGAUAUUUAUAUUCAAACUGCAUCAUAUGCUAAACAUAUCCACUACUAACUUAUUGAAGAUUGGAGACAUUGAAGAGUUCAAAAAGUUAAGUUCAUCCUACGUUGUUCAUAAUUUAUUCAAUGUAUUGGCCGAAUUAGUGCAAGAGAAUGUGGUCAUUGGACAAUCACCAAAUUCGAGUAACAUUGUGGAAGCAAGAGGUAAUUUCAUGAUUUCCAUUCCAAAUCCGCUUGGCAAGUGCAAAUUGCUUGUAUUAGAAUUCCAAACGGAUACUGUUGAAGAAGCCCAAUUAUACGUUGAAACUAUAAACUUUUGGGCUGCCAGGUUGACACCCGUACCCUCUGCCCAGUUUGAAUUGGUUUCCAAUGAGGAAUACGGUUGGAGUUCCUUAUUAUUAUCAAAUCCACAAAAAAUCAACAAGGUCCCAAGCAUUUCAACAUGGGCUCCAUUACUUACCUCCGAUCUGCUCUGCACUGAAGAUGAUUCCAUAAUCGAUGAAAGUCCAUUACAAGAACGAAUAGACCAGUUGACUAAAUUCACAACGGAGUUAGAACAAUUGCUGGAUGAACAUAACAAUAACAAGCCCAAAAUAAUACAGAUUUGGAGCAACACACCUUCUUUUGACAAAAUCAUGGACAAUUGGAAUCAUAGAUACCUUUUCUUAAACAAGCAAUUCGAGAAGCAGAGCAUCUACUUAAAGGCAUUAAACAAAGCUAAAGAAAUAAUACCCAAUUGA